AUGCGGCGAAGCGUUAUUCGGCAGCGCAAGGAGUUCUUGGAGCGAAAGCAGAACGAGCACGUUCACGAGGCGAUCCAUGCAAGGAAGGAACAGUUCCGCGAGGCAGUAAGCAACUCCACGCCGCUCCCGGGGCACCUCCGCAAGGACGCUUUGGCCCUUAAAAAGUUCUCGGAGCUGGACGACAACCAGACAAGGACACUGCAGACCACUGUAGAUGACGAGUACUCCCACUCGGGUGUUGAAGACCCGCGCGUCCUCAUCACGACGUCACGCGAGCCUUCGCAAAAGCUUCUGGAGUUUGCGAAGGAAAUUCGACUUGUCGUUCCUAACGCUGUCCGUAUGAACCGCGGUAACCUCAGCGUACGCCAGCUCAUGGAGGCGGCGCGGCGGGGGCAGUACUCUGACGUUGUUGUGCUGCAGGAGUCGCAGGGUGUCCCUGAUAGUCUCACCGUGUCGCACCUGCCGUUGGGACCUACCGUCGUCUUUACGAUACACAAUCUUGUGACGCGGCACGACAUCUUCCAGGACGUUGGCACAAUGUCGGAGCAGUACCCGCAUUUGAUUUUUGAGAACUUUACGACGAGGCUGGGCCACCGGGUGCGGGACGUGCUGAGGUUCCUUUUCCCCGUUCCGAAGCCUGAUGCCACGCGUGUCUUGACGUUCGACAACCAGAGUGACUUUGUGAGCUUCCGCCACCACACGUUUAGGGUGGUGAAGGGGAGGGAGGUGCAGCUGACGGAGGUUGGCCCCCGCAUGGAGCUGACGCCGUACCGCAUCACACUGGGGACACUUGAGAUGGACGACGCGGAGACGGAGUGGGUGCUGCGGCCGUAUAUGAACACGGCGAAGAAGCGCCGCCUUCUGUGA